UCCAGAAAGACGCCUGGGGACGACCACCCUGCCGCUCGCCCCGCCACUCCGAGCCGGGCCCCUCCUCUCCCGGAGCCCCGACCUCGGCCCUACUUGGGGCAAGUCCUGGGCCCAGGAAGCAGCCCCCUCCCCUGACUUUCCUCUCCUGGCUGCCCGGCCUUGGGCCACAGGUGGAGGAGAUCCGGGGCUUCAUUGACAAGAUCGCAGAGAACGUGGAGGAGGUGAAGCGGAAGCACAGUGCCAUCCUGGCCUCCCCCAACCCAGACGAGAAGACGAAGGAGGAGCUAGAAGAACUCAUGUCCGACAUUAAGAAGACGGCAAACACAGUUCGUUCCAAGUUAAAGAGCAUCGAGCAGAGCAUCGAGCAGGAGGAAGGCCUGAACCGCUCCUCAGCGGACCUGAGGAUCCGGAAGACACAGCACUCCACGCUGUCCCGGAAGUUUGUGGAGGUCAUGUCGGAAUACAACGCGACGCAGUCUGACUACCGCGAGCGCUGCAAGGGCCGCAUCCAGAGGCAGCUGGAGAUCACCGGGCGGACCACGACCAGCGAGGAGCUGGAGGACAUGCUGGAGAGCGGGAACCCUGCCAUCUUUGCCUCCGGGAUCAUCAUGGACUCCAGCAUCUCGAAGCAGGCUCUGAGCGAGAUCGAGACGCGGCACAGUGAGAUCAUCAAGCUGGAGAACAGCAUCCGUGAGCUGCACGACAUGUUCAUGGACAUGGCCAUGCUUGUCGAGAGCCAGGGGGAGAUGAUAGAUAGAAUCGAGUACAACGUGGAGCAUGCGGUGGAUUACGUGGAGAGGGCCGUGUCGGACACCAAGAAGGCCGUCAAGUACCAGAGCAAGGCGCGCCGGAAGAAGAUCAUGAUCAUCAUCUGCUGUGUGAUCCUGGGCAUCGUCAUCGCCUCCACCGUCGGAGGCAUCUUCGGAUAGAAGCCACCCCACCUGCACUGCCCUCCGGAUGGCCGCCCCGAGGAGGCCCCUGGCUGCCGCCGCCUGGCCGGGCGGCCUCCCCACCCGUCCUCUGGCUCAGCGCACCCUCCCGCCCUGGCUGCUCCUCCGCCUGCCACGGGCCCUCCGUCCCCGCCCUGCCCGAGCCGUGUCGUGUGCAUGAUCUUCGUGACAGUGUGCGUCUGUGCAGAAGAGGCAGAGGGAACCGCCGGUGGGGUGGGGGUGGGCAGCGAGGGGUGGACUCAGGCCCUGGCCCGGGUGGCCCCCCCCAGCGGGCAGGGCUGCCCUUGCUUGCCUUCAGGAACUCCGCUCGGCCCGGGGCUGCCCUCUCCUGGGAUCGAGCCCUUCCCGGACCCCAGCCUUGCCUGCAACUGACCUUCCCACCUGCCCUGCCCUCCGGCCUCUCCAGCUGCCCCCUGAGCUGAGCCCCGAGGGGUGGGACCAGCUGGCCACAUGGUGCUGCUCUCCAGGCUAGGGGGGGCGGCCCCGAGGGACGGCCCAGCUCAGCCUCGAACAGCCGAUCACUGCCAGGGAGGCUCAGGGCGCCAUGGCUGCAGGCUCCCCCCCACCUGGGGGCAGGGUCCCACAGGUCUUGGGCCCCGGCUUCCCUUCCCACAUUCCUGCAGCUCCAGGAGCAGUCCUUGGGCUAGGCCCCACCCCAGGUGACCCUCGGAACGGCUGCCCUCGCAGCGAGGUGGGCAGAGCAGGCUGGUCAGGCCUCUGCCGGGUGGGCCGCCGUCGGUCCUCACGCCCGUGCUGCAUGUCUGGGACGGCGGUCCCUGCUCUCGUGCUCUGGGAAGUCAGACGUCCCUUCCGACCUGUGAUCUCAUCCUGCCCUUGCUGUCCCCACUGACGUGCCACAGGGGGGUCAGGUGUCUUGGACGCAGUAUUCAGCAGCUAGCCGGGGAGGGCUCCUCCCUCCAUCUUGGGGCCUCUUGCCAGACACGUGCCCCGCCCCAAGGCCCCCUCCCUCGUUGGCAGGCAAGGAGUGUGCAUGCGAGUGCAUGCAGCAGGGGAUGGGGCCGCGUCGGGGUGCCUCCCCUUCCCUUGGCUUUGCUCCUGCCCAGUGACUGUGACCACUGUCCGUGUUGCCUUCUUCAACGGCCGCCCCUCCCUUCACCAAAGGUCUUGGUACAACCAGCUGCCCAUUUUGUGACAUUUUUAUGUAGAAUAACAUUUGUAUCUGUACCAGG